AUGGCAUCUACGUCGCCCGCAGAAGGGAACAGCCUAGUUUCCGUCUUUGCUGGCGGGUUCGCCGGUAUCUGCUCGACGUGCGUCACGAACCCGCUCGACACGAUUCGCGUGCGGUUGUCAUCCGAUCGCGCUGCCACAGGCAAGUCCCAUAAGAGCCUGUUGAUCACAGCGCGCGAACUCUUUCAUGAGGGCCUCUUCCACGCCUUCAGCCGUGGUCUCGGCGCCAACAUCAUGGCCUCCAUGCCAUCCAACGCUGUCUACCUUCCCACGUAUCGCUUUCUCAAGAAUGAGCUCGUCGAUUCAGGGAUGAGCGAGCAUGUGCGACCGAUGGUUUGCGCUUUUGGCGCUGUCACAGCCACCAAUCUGACCCUCGCCCCGCUGUUUCUCAUUCGGACCCGGGUGCAGGUAGACGACAGACUCAGCAUCCACCAGGUGUUUAAGGAUGUCAUGCGCCGCGACGGAAUACGAGGGCUUUACCGCGGCACCAUCACCAACAUAGCCGGCCGCUUUGUAGAAGAGGGGUGUUUCUGGACUGUGUAUGAGCUGCUCAAGCGUGUGACGCAUGAAGGCAGCUUUGGCGAGCGGAGCUUCUGGUGGUCCUCGGCAGCGGUGGUGUCCUUGACGAUGAUGGCGAAGCUGGUGGCAGUCGGCAUUGCGUAUCCGUACAACGUCGUCAUGAACCACCUGCGCACGGUGAACAAGGUGACGGGAGAGCACGACUACGUGCGGGUGAUGCCAACAGUGCGCCACAUUUAUGAGGCCGACGGCUUCCUCGGCUUCUACAAGGGGUUGGCCCCUCAGAUUCUACGCAGCGUGAUUAGCAAGGCGACACAAAUAUAUGCAUUCGAGCUGGUGCUCUUCACCUAUGCACAGAUGCACCACCGCAAGCCACUGCCAGUCCCGGUGGUGUGUAUCAUCGACCCCGCUGCUGAGUCCGAUGAAUCGACGAUGGAGUAG